GAGAAAGUCAGGUAGCGUCCAUUAAAUUAGAACCUCUCCGCUCCUCAACUGUUCUUCUCUGCUCAAAAAUUAAAUCUCAGAAUCACAAAAUUCAAUACGAAACCUAAAAAUGGAUCCAACAAAUGCACCUCACUCCAUGGGUACUACUAUCAUCGGCGUCACCUAUAACGGCGGCGUCGUCCUCGGCGCCGACUCUCGCACCAGCACCGGUAUGUAUGUCGCAAAUAGGGCAUCUGACAAAAUUACUCAGCUCACUGACAAUGUCUACGUUUGCCGUUCUGGAUCGGCUGCAGAUUCUCAGAUUGUAUCAGAUUAUGUGCGUUAUUUCCUUCACCAGCAUACAAUACAGCUAGGGCAACCGGCUACAGUCAAAGUUGCUGCAAAUCUAAUUAGGUUAAUUGCUUAUAACAAUAAGAAUAUGCUUCAAACUGGCCUUAUUGUUGGUGGAUGGGACAAGUAUGAAGGUGGAAAAAUUUAUGGAAUUCCUCUUGGCGGAACAGUAAUAGAACAGCCUUUUGCUAUUGGAGGAUCCGGCUCUAGUUACUUGUAUGGAUUCUUUGAUCAAGCAUGGAAAGAAGGAAUGACUAAAGAAGAAGCUGAGCAAUUAGUAGUGAAGGCAGUUUCUUUGGCGAUUGCAAGAGAUGGUGCUAGCGGUGGUGUUGUACGCACGGUCAUUAUAAAUUCUGAAGGAGUGAAAAGAAACGUCUAUUCUGGUGACGCUCUUCCACUGUGGCAUGAAGAGCUGGAGCCACAGAAUUCACUGUUGGAUAUACUAAACGCAUCCAGUCCGGAGCCAAUGAACAUAUGAUGGGAGCGGAAGAUGCAGCUGUUGGUUGUGGAAUAUGAUUUGAAUGAGAAUCAAUCUGUAGUUUUUGAAUAUUUAUUGAACUGAGUUGAAAUGUUGUCUGUUUUUGGGCAUAGAAUUCAUGUGUGGUAACUGAGAGGUUAGUUUAGCUAUACAUCACAUGCAUGACACAAAAACGACGCCUGAAUAUGCUUUGCUUUAGAUAUGGAGGUUCCACACCAUGUUUCUUCU